ACUUCCGCCCGCCUGCCAAGUUGAACGCAGAUUGUACGACGCUUUUAGCCUGAAAAGAAAAACAGUUUGGACUCGAAGACCUACUCCGAGCCUGGGAUAUUUUAUUUAAAUUCUUAUUUUUUUGCCUUUUAAAAGCAAAGCGGAGGCAACUUCUUCUUUUUUUCCUCAAGAGUGACUACCCAAGAACCCCAAGGCGUCUUACUGGAUUUCCCAAAACACAAUAAACUGCUCGAAUUUGCCAAUGACAUAACCAAGGAUUUGCAGACUCUUCCUGGGGUUGAGUCGACCAUCCCCAGCGCUGCUGGAUUUUUGUGGUAACGUUGUGAAGUUGAAAAGGAAGCAGAUUUGCCAGGCACCAUGCCGGCCCUCUCCAGCAGAACGGGCAGUGAGAUAGGUCUGUAUGAGCUGUUGUCUGUACUGCCGUCUCAGCUGCAGCCUCAUGUAGAGAGCGCAGAUGACCGCUCUUUUCUACACGCUAUGUUUGGCGAGAGGAGUCUACAUUCAUUGGUCAAGAUCCAUGAGAAGUUACAGUGUUAUGAAGACCGUGCUCCAACUCCAGUACUGGACAGCGCCGGCUCACUGGCUCAAGACUUGACGGAGGAACUUCAAGGACGAAGUGCAAGUGAUGAGAUCAGAGAGCUUGUCAAGCUACUGUCCAAACCACAUAUAAAGAGUUUGUUGUCUGUUCAUGAUACCGUGGCCAGGAAGAGUUACGAUCCAGAACUUCCUCCUCUGCCAGACGACAUUGACGAUGAAGAAGAUUCUGUCAAGAUCAUUCGACUGGUCAAGAAUAAAGAGCCUUUGGGUGCCACCAUAAAAAAGGAUGACCACAGUGGAGCAGUCAUAGUGGCACGCAUCAUGAGGGGCGGGGCCGCAGACAGAAGUGGACUGAUACAUGUCGGAGAUGAGUUGAAAGAGGUGAACGGUAUCACGGUGGAUGACAAAAAGCCUGAGGAAAUAAUUCGCAUCCUGUCACAGUCGCAAGGUGCCAUCACAUUCAAAGUGGUCCCAGGCAGCAAAGAAGAGGCACAAAGCAAAGAGCCCAAGAUGUUUGUAAAGGCGCUUUUUGACUACAAUCCAGCUGAGGAUAAGGCGAUCCCUUGCAGGGAGGCAGGCUUGGCAUUCAGGAAGGGAGAUAUCCUGCAGGUUAUGAGCCAGGACGAUGCCACCUGGUGGCAAGCCAAACUGGAGGGUGAUGGCAACCCGCGCGCAGGACUCAUCCCAUCCAAACACUUUCAGGAGAGGAGGUUGGCAACCUGGAGACCCAUGACCGUCGCAACUCUUCAGAGAACCCCCAGCAAAAGAUUUUAUGAUGAGACGGUUGAAUGGGUGGAGGACAUUGAAGAGGACACUGAGUUUGCCUCCUAUUUAAGUGGACUCCAUAUUGCGGGUCUACGGAGGAGUUUUCGUCUCAGCAGAAGGGAUAAGAAGACAAAUAAGUCCAUGUAUGAAUCUAAGAGAAGUGAGCAGUACGACACAGCAGAUGUGCCCACUUAUGAAGAGGUGACGGCUUACCGCAGAAAACAUGGAGACAGGCACAGACUAGUCGUGUUGGUUGGUCCUACUAGUGUUGGUUUGAAUGAGCUCAAAAGGAAGUUGUUGAUAUCCGAUCCACAACAUUUCAGUGUCACCAUCCCACACACGUCUCGAUCGAAAAGACAUCAGGAAAGCGAUGGAGUGGAGUAUAAUUUUAUCUCCAAACACCUUUUUGAGGCAGACAUUCAGAACCACAAGUUCAUUGAACACGGAGAGUAUAAGGGAAACUACUAUGGGACGAGCUUCGACUCUGUACGUUCAAUCCUGUCCAAGAACAAGGUGUGCCUUCUAGACGUACAGCCACAUACACUAAAGCAUCUUCGUACAGCUGAGUUCAAGCCCUAUGUAGUGUUUGUGAAGCCUCCAUCCAUCGAGCGUCUGAGAGAGACCAGGAAGAGCGCAAAAGUCAUCUCAGGCAAAGAUGAUAAGAACUCGUCCAAAUCCUUUUCGGAGGAGGACUUCCAGGAGAUGAUCAGUAGCGCUCAGAUGAUGGAGAACCAGUACGGUCACCUCUUUGAAAAGGUCAUUGUGAACGAUGACCUCACUGUUGCCUUCAACGAGCUCAAGCAGGCGCUCAGGAAAGUGGAGACAGAAGCUCACUGGGUGCCCGUCAGCUGGACUCAUUCCUGAGUGUCAGCACAAAACAGGACAAACAGAACAAGGGAACAAGGCAUCAAAUUUGGGGAGGAAACUGAGGGAAGGACUUUAAGAACUGUGAAAGAUUUUGUUUAAUUGUGUAUUUUUAUUUUUGGCUGUAGAUGGUGACAGGGAAAUAUUUUAGUUGUCUUAACAUGUCUGAAGUGGUUGAUCUGUUUUUGGAGACUAAAGUGCAAAUCCAUAGGUUUGUAUUUGCAUUGUUGUGGCGGUUAUAUCCGACCAGGUGUAACUGCACUCAGCAAACGUCACCGCUGAGAGAGUGUUUAAGACUGCCAAUCAAAGACCACUCCUUAGUCUGUUUUUAACAUUAGUUUAUAGAAACCAAAGGGAUGAUUAGUAUUUUUCUGUGUUCAAAGUACACUUUUUUUUCAGAACUUGUAGUCCACUGUAGUCCAUUGGCCUGUUAUUCUGCAGCUAGUUUGAUCAGCACAGCUUUAACAGUAUAUAUGGUUGGGGGGGCAUCAAGUGAUGUUCAUUGGGCCCAAAGUGAUUUUAUUUAAAUAGAAAAUUAAUAUAUUUUGAAUUUUUUUUAAACUUUUUUUUUUUUACCCCAUUCCCUGUUGAGUUUUUUAAAUUAAAAUCAGAGCUAUGAGGAUUUAUUUAGCUUUUUUUCGUAAGUGCUCAUGGCUGAUCAAAGCCUCAGGGUCCCUGUAGACAAAGCUUUUAUUAAUGUACAGCAUAACCCGAAGUGUGCAGAAGUGGACUUCUUUCUUUCAGUUCCAUCUAUCUGUUUCUUUCUAUUCCUGUUUCCUUCCGUUUCAUUUUGCUUAAUUGCCCAGUCCACCAUGACUAGCUGUUGUUGAGGGCAGGCAUUUGGAAAGGACAUAUGAGGAAAUGUACUUGUUCUGAGCUGAUUAGUCAAGAGUCUUGGAAGCCUAACAGCAGCACUUCCACAAUUGUAUCUCAGUGAAAUUAAUGUGAAAUGAUAACCUUGAAUGUUACAAGGCAUUACAGACAUGAUUAGUUCACCCAAAAAUGAAAAACUGACAUAAUUCGAUUCUUUUGUAUAACUUAGAGGAUUUUAAUAUAGAACAUGAGUCAUAUGGACUUUAAUGGUACUUUAUUAUUUUUGGUGCUCAACAGUCCCCUUCCAACUUAACUCGUAUGUAACACGUACAUAGAAAGAAUUUCAUAUGGAUUUGUAACCACUAAGGAUGCUCUAAAAUUUCAGCAACUCUGGACCGAAACUGGUCAAAACAGGGGAAAGAGAAUUGUUUCCAGCCUAACUAGUUUUGAUAGCACCAAUUACGUUUAAUUAGCGCUUCUCAGAUGAUGCAUUUUGACCGUGUUCACAAUCUAUUUGGUGCACAUUAAGUGAAUAAGGUAAAAAAGGGUCUACAUGUCAGCAGUUUGGAAAAAAAAGAAAGGUAAAGUAUCAAAAUGUAAAAGUUGUUCGACUGAAAUAUCAAGAGGUGGCUCAUUUCUGAAGACUGACUGCUUUAGUUUAAUUUAAAAAUCAGAGAACUUUACACCCUAAAGAUACCCAAAUUUAAUCAACCAACUUUAAUUUUCAGUUUUCGACUAAAUUACAAAUUCAAGUUGAUGAUUUUCAGUGUCAUUGUUAAAAGAUAAUAAUAAUUUUGGUGCAUCACUAGUAGCAACUCGAGGGUGUGUAAAUGUUGAUAUAAUCGUCAUUUAUUGGGUGAACUAGAUGAGGUCUUUUUUAGACAUUAAAGGGAUAAAGAUAUGUCACUAAAUAUAUGUUUUUGUUACAAUUUUCUUGGUUUUCAACCAAGCAGUGUCAAUAUUUCACUCUGUACUGUUAGUGUAGUUUAGUCCUACAGUCCACAUAAACACAAAUCAAAAUCAAGGUGCACUGACGUUUGUUCAUUUGCUUCACUGUUAUUAUUGUCUUUGCCUUCUUUUUCAUAUAUUUCUGUUUUUAUUUUCAUACAAAACCGAUUCAAACUUUUUGUCAAGCUUCAAAGUCUUAAAUGAAAUAUGCAAAGAGAAUAUUGAAUCCUAUAUUUUAGUAAUAUACCUCUAUAUCUGGUUGUUUUCAGAUUGAAUUUUGUGAACAACAAUUCAUGUACCUGUAUUAUUUCGUUCUGUCAGUGAUCAUGAGUUUACAACCUGUGCUGUUCUAAAACAUCUCAUCCAAAUGUAUAUUAAAUAUGUCAAUCAGU